CGGUAGCCCGGCCUUUCUUUGCCCGGGUUUUAGGCAGUCAAGAUGAUGGCGGAGUACGUUUCAGGCGCGUUGUUUUGAAAGAAGGAUAACGCUGUCAAGUAAACAUGUCUGGUGCCCUUUUCGACCUGGAUAGGCUAGAGGCCAAUGCAAGGGAGACUGAGAGAAGUCAGAAAAAGGUUGAAUUGGCAGACAGGAAAUCACGCCAUCUACAACAGAAGCUACUCACUUUACAAGCUCGGCGGAAUGAACUCCGCACACAGUUGCCCCAGGUUACGUCUCAGCCUCCUGACCUGGAAGCUGCCACUAAAGAGGGUAAGAAACUGAUGACUGCCCUGAAGAAACUUCGGCAGCUGCAAGAGAUCCAGAAGCUAUACAGGCUGACAGGUGUUUCAGUUGAGGAAAAGACUGAGAACAAGCUUGUGUUACGGUUCGACACCAGUUACAACCAUGAAUAUGUUGAUGAGCACUACAUAGAGCUUACCCGCAGCAAGAAACAAGAUGGCUACCAAGUGUCCCACCACACACUACCAGCUUUCAUACCCAUGUCCCAACUUGAGGUGCAUCUGGAGACAGAGCUCAAGGUCUUCGUGGACAGAGUCAGGGAGUAUCUGCAGGCUUUUGUCAUCCGUCGUGGUCAAGUCAAGAUGUUGGGGUCUGAACUGGCUGAAAUUCUCCGAAGUGAGAUCGAGACCAGUUUCCCUGUGGACUAUGUCAGCAUUUCUCUACAGUCAUCUGACGAUGUACCUAUCAAGAUAACACUGUGCUACACUGACCUUCGGUCUGUACACCCAACUAAGGCAGAGGUCAACAUCAUAGAGACUCCAGAUUCAACAGACAUCCUUCCUGAUGAGAGCAUGCUGAGACAGUGGGAGGGGCUACUGAAGACCACGCCCCUCAUUACAGCCCUCCAGCAAAUCACUGGCAUUGUCAUGGAAACAACUGAAGUAGACCGAGAGUUAGAAUGUACACAGUGACCAAAAUAUCAUGCUGUCUGGAGAUUCAAGGACAGUUCCUAUUUGCCAGGGAAACCACAAACGUCAAGGACAUACAGAAAUCACAUAUUGGUGUGGAAGCCCAUUUCUGGUGUCCCCUGCCGUGGUAUUGCAGGAAUAUUGCUAAACGCUGCCUAAAACUAAACUCACUCACUCAUAUUUUAGGGGAAGUGUGGGGGGA